CUUUAUUAUCAAACACUCGAUACCCUCUACAGGAACAGCCACAGGUCCUUCAAAAUACAGUAUACAGGAAAGAGCUGCAAAAUCAAAAACGGCUUUUCGGGCAGCAGAUACGUUUUGGCUUCAUUUGGGCCUGGAGCUUGAAGCUAGGCUUGAAGCUUUUCACAGUUGACUCAAAGAUGAUCAUUUUUUCUUCGGAUGUUAAGUUGAAGUUUCAGGGGUUUUGUGGUGCAGGUGUAGAGAACUGAAGCUGAUGAUCUGACAAAGGACUUGGACAAUCUCUCAGAUUCUCUGAACAUUCAGUGUCUUCACAUUGUCCUGAAACUGUAGAAUCAAGAACCAGACUCAGGGUGAAAGACUCAGCCGGAUAGGAACAGAGACUUUAAUUCGUCAUCAUAACAGGUUGUGAGGACCAAGUGACUUCCUGACCCCAUUGGUCUGUAGUGGUCCCACCAUGGGGAAGACUGGGCAGAGUACAGUGGACCUAAACUCCCCAACAGAGGUCAAACAAGCAGUUCCCUUUGAGGAUCUGGAUCCUGUGGCACCCGCAGAUGAAAAGAAGAAAAAAGAAGAGUUACCCGACAGGGGAAGCUGGAAGGGAAAGUUUGAUUUCCUACUGUCUUGUGUGGGAUACGCCAUUGGCUUAGGAAAUGUCUGGAGGUUCCCUUACCUGUGUGGCAAGAAUGGGGGAGGGGCCUUUCUGAUCCCAUACUUUCUGACCCUGGUGUUUGCUGGGAUGCCUCUCUUCCUCCUGGAGACAUCUCUAGGACAGUUCACCUCAGUGGGAGGCCUGGGGGUGUGGAAGCUCAUGCCUAUGAUGAAAGGUGUUGGUUUAGCUUCUGUGGUUCUGUCCUUCUGGCUCAACAUCUACUAUAUCAUCAUCAUUGCCUGGGCCCUCUACUACUUAUUCAACUCCUUUGGUUCGGAGCUGCCUUGGCAAAGCUGUGAUAACCCCUGGAACACAGAGAAAUGUUUUUCCAACUACAGUCUGACAGACACCACCAACCUGACCAGCGCUGUCACCGAGUUCUGGGAGCGUAACAUGCACCAGCUGUCUAGUGGUCUGGAGGAGCCGGGACAGCUUCGCUGGCCCUUAGUGGGCACUCUGGCUCUGGCUUGGGUCCUCGUAUAUUUCUCAAUCUGGAAAGGAGUGGAAUGGACGGGGAAGGUGGUGUAUUUCUCAGCCACCUAUCCCUACUUCAUGCUGUUCAUCCUCUUCUUCCGUGGGGUCACUCUGCCUGGAGCCAUAGAUGGCAUCCUCUUCUAUAUUACUCCAGACUUCAAUAAGCUCAUCCAGUCUGAGGUGUGGUUGGAUGCAGCUACUCAAAUCUUUUUUUCCUAUGGACUGGGCCUGGGCUCGCUCAUCGCCCUGGGGAGCUACAACACUUACAACAAUGAUGUAUACAAGGACUCCAUCAUAGUGUGCUGCAUCAACUCCUGCACCAGUAUGUUUGCUGGCUUUGUAAUCUUCUCCAUUGUCGGCUUCAUGUCCCAUAUCACUAAGAAACCUGUCCAGGAAUUAGCAGCAUCAGGUCCAGGUCUAGCGUUUUUAGCUUAUCCUCAGGCCGUCACCCAGCUGCCCAUGUCCUCUCUGUGGGCCAUCCUCUUCUUCUCCAUGCUAAUGAUGCUGGGCCUGGACAGUCAGUUCUGCACAGUGGAAGGUUUCAUCACAGCUCUAAUGGAUGAAUAUCCCCACCAUCUGAGGAAGAGGAAGAAGCUCUUCAUUCUCAUUGUCUGCUUCAUCUCCUUCAUCAUCGGCUUUUCCAACAUCACACAGGGUGGUCUGUACGUGUUCAAGCUGUUUGAUUACUACUCCGCCAGUGGGAUGUGCCUUCUCUUCCUCGUCUUCUUCGAAACCAUUUCCAUAUCCUGGUUUUAUGGAGCUGAAAGGUUUUAUAAGAACAUCGAGGACAUGAUCGGCUAUAGGCCAUGUGGCUGGUGGAAGCUAUGCUGGAUGUUCUUCACUCCGCUGAUCUGCCUGGGGGUGUUCACCUUCAGUGCCAUUGAGAUGACCCCUCUGACUUUGGGGAAGUAUGUGUACCCACUGUGGGGCCAAGUGACUGGCUGGUUCAUGGCUUUGUCUUCCAUGGUACUGGUCCCAGGAUACGUCAUCUACAUGUUCUGCACCACCGAGGGCAGCAUCAUACAGCGUUGGCGGAAGAUGACAACCGCCCAGCAGGAUGAGAAGCCAUCGGGGCAUGAAGAAUUUACACACACAGGGAGCGUGGGCGAUGCUCCUGUCUAGCCAGGAUUGUUCAGGUCGAAAUAAUAUGACUGCCUUUUUCCCCUGCAUGUCUCCACUUGCUGCAGUCGACAUUGAAAUUUAACAAUUGGACGGACGGAGUCGUGUACAGUACUUAAUAACGAUAUUCUCCUCCAUCUUAAAUUAAACGAUCAGGCAAAUAAAGGAAGAAGAUGAAGGGUCACAGAGUGACAGAAUGAGCUGAAAUUGAAUGCUAUAGAUCAGCACCAAACCUGUGUAAAUAUACCACAUAUAUACCAUUAAUGUACGUUAUCCUACUUGUACAUUUUCUCUACUCUGUAACAAAACCACUGUUUUUGUUUAUGAGCCACAGACGUCGUGAACGUUGUUGUACAGACGCAUCUUAAAAAUCUGGUAAAACUUGAUUCUAAGUGUAAAACUGCAAUACAUCAAAUAUUAUUUACUUGUGGUAAGAACCGACCAACCAACCAGUGUGAUAUGUUUGUCCAGCAAUAAACGUGUGGGCCCUCCACUUGUAUUUGUUAUCUUUGCUGAUCCAUACCUACAUUUGUGACUAUGAUAUAUUGAAGUGACAAAAGUUGUACAGACUAGCCACCAUAGACUUUCUCAAUUAACACCAGCUUUGAGAUGAGUUUUAAAUGAUGUUGUAUAAUCUCAAGUAUUAGCCUACAUGGCAGCUUGUUUGAUUAAAACAUUAGAAAACUGUAAAUAGGAUUGUGUGUUACGUGUUUUUUGUAAGUUGUUUCAUACUGUGGAUCACGAUAAGUACAAUAAAACGCUCUGUUUUGACCGUUUGGGGAAUGUCCGACAAGAUGUAUGAAGGAUUUGCCUUGAAUUUACUCCAUGUUUUCAUGUCAGUAAAAAUAAAAUGGACUGCAUCUGGCAGCAUCUAGUCGUGUAGUGUUUGGUUUUUCAUUGGGUCCAAUGGGUGAGUUUUUGAACUGUAUUAGAAGAAUGUUGAUUCUGGCAGAUAAUAUUACGUCUGACCCCUCUCAUAUUUUAUUUGAAGAAUAUCAGCUUUGGCUAUCAAACAGUAAAUUUACUUCCACUGGCUCGACUGAACAGAUUGCAAAACUCCAAAUGAGAGUUUGGCUCCUUAAUAGGCCUCAGUGUUCCCGUGUGGACUAAGCAAGGGAGUGAUUUAAAUGCAUGCACUGCAGCCACAUAUUCAAAAUGUCUGAUGUAAUAUAUGCUGGAGUAUUUGACGCUGUUUGGUUAAAUGCUGUGUUUCGUUAUUUAUCUGAAACAGUGUACGUCUUGGGACGCAGGACACAUUUCAGAAGAAUGUUCUGAUAAUAAAGUGAGAUCAAAUUAAGUGGCGAGAUAUUCAGUACAAUCACUUAACACACAUCAUGGGAAAACCUCCAUAAGUAAA